GAUGCCGUGCGUAUCGCGUGAUGCGGCAGAGCUGCGUGAAGUCACAGAGAGUGGAUGGAUUCACGUGUGGACAUAAACGUAUUUUAGUCAUUUUCUCUCAUCUUGAUGUGUUUUAUCUGAUCUUUGCUGGUUGCGAAAUAGAAAUAAUACGGCAAUACGAGCCGACCGCGGGCUUUUCGCGCGCGCACAGAUGUAUCAGCACUGCUUUGAGAGACUGCGGUAAAACCGGCCGCUCAUUCGCGAGCUCCUCCUAUGACGAAAACUUUAAUUCAUCUUAACGAGUUGACGGAUUUGCGCGUGCCGGUGUGAUAGAGCAUGCUAGCUAUGUAGCCUAAACGACACGGGGAUUAAACUGACGAGAGCUCGUUUAAGCCACUUCCAUCAUCCAACCAUUUAUCCAUCCACCUGAGAGAGAAAUUCCUCAGCGGAAGAGGCGGACGAACAGCGCAGUCACGUUUGGGUCUCCUCCUUUUGGUCAUUUCGGUUUCUGUUAUGGUGUGAGGUAGCGACCCGUUCUCUCUGGAAACAAGGACAAACCUCGGACUUGCGUGGGUUGUGAGAGUGUUAUGCUCGGCCGUGAAAUUAGCAGUCGACAACUACAGAAAACCGUUUUUCUCUCUUUCACAUGGGCGAAGACGAGGAGCGGUUCUGCGUCCCAUCUCGCCGCGGAGGAAAGGAGGAAAACGGAGAUACGUCUCUGGACCCGGACAGAGAGAGGAGAUAUGCGGAGCUGUUCGAGCAGCUGGACUUGAAUAAAGAUGGCAGAGUUGACAUCAGUGAACUGAGGACCGCACUUGCAGCUCGCGGUUUACAUCAGGGACAUGCAGAAGAGAUAGUCCUCGAGAGUGACAUCAACCAUGAUGGUCUGCUGGACUUCCAGGAGUUUUCCCAGUACCUGCGGGCUCAUGAGAAGAGGCUGUGGCUCAUGUUCCACAGUGUUGACCGCAACAAUGAUGGUCGAAUUGAUGUUGGAGAGAUCCAGCAUUUACUGCACAAGCUUGGAGUGGAGAUCACCAUGGAGCAGGCCUCCAGAAUACUGCAGAGUAUGGACAGGGAUGGCACUAUGACGGUAGACUGGACUGAAUGGCGUGAUCACUUCCUGUUCAAUCCUUUCCACAACAUGGAGGAGAUUGUCCACUACUGGAAACACUCCCAUAUGUUUGACAUUGGGGAACAACUGACGGUGCCAGAUGAGUUCUCAGAGCAGGAGCGGCGGUCAGGUCUGGUGUGGAGGCAACUGGUUGCUGGUGCAAUGGCGGGAGCUGUGUCCCGGACAGGGACUGCUCCUCUGGACCGUCUCAAAGUUUUCCUGCAGGUACAUGGCUCUACGUCUCGGGGGAUUAAUUUGUGGUCCGGACUUAGGGGGAUGGUCCAGGAGGGAGGCGUCUUCUCACUUUGGAGGGGAAAUGGCAUCAAUGUUCUCAAGAUUGCCCCUGAAUCUGCCAUUAAGUUUAUGGCCUAUGAACAGAUCAAAUGGCUGAUUCGAGGCAGCAAAGAUGGUAGCAGUUUAAGGGUACAAGAGAGGUUCAUUGCUGGCUCUCUGGCAGGAGCUACAGCCCAGACUAUCAUCUACCCCAUGGAGGUGCUGAAGACUCGUCUUACAUUGAGGAAGACGGGACAGUACUCAGGUAUGGCUGAUUGUGCCAGACAGAUCCUGAAGACGGAAGGGGUACGGGCUUUCUACCGGGGCUACCUGCCAAAUACACUGGGCAUCAUUCCCUAUGCAGGGAUUGACUUGGCUGUUUAUGAGACUCUGAAGAAUGCCUGGCUCCAGAGGUACUGUGUAGAUUCAGCAGAUCCAGGAGUUUUGGUCCUGCUGGGCUGUGGUACCAUCUCCAGCACCUGUGGCCAGCUGGCAUCCUAUCCCCUCGCUCUCAUUCGGACACGCAUGCAGGCACAGGCCAUUACUGAGGGUAAACCCAAGCUAACCAUGGUGGGCCAGUUCAAAUACAUAAUAUCUCAUGAAGGUGUACCUGGCCUGUAUCGCGGUAUCACCCCCAACUUUCUCAAAGUCAUUCCUGCUGUCAGCAUCUCCUACGUGGUGUAUGAGCACAUGAAGAAGGUCCUCGGUGUGGGUUACUAGACUGAGGAAGAAGGACCUAUGACGAAAAGGCCAGAGGAGGACUUCAUUAUGGAAGAAGCAGAGGAAAGAUGGUUAUGCAACUCCUCGGACCUGAAGAAAAAGAAAGGAAGUCUAGGAUGAGCAGCAUGGACAAAAGAGCCAGUUAACAAAUGGGGAUUGCACUCCUGUAUGCUGCACUUCCCAAUGACUCAGGUCAGGUCAAUCAGGUUCAAGCUUGGGUCUGUGGGUAGUUUGCAGGUAGAUACCGUUCAUUUGUGGAAUCCAGAGAAAGCAAUGAGAUAAAUGUUUGUCCUCUCUGACACCAUUAUGCCACAUACGUACAGGAAAUGCAUUUCCUCCCAUUGUAUUUGAAUUUUAUAAUUUUAACCAACAUUUUGACUCAGUCCAAGGCACACAAUCAAACAAUAACAACAUUUUAAUGUAAGUAUGGAAGCGGUACGAUUUGGCUGAGAGUAUUUUAGGGUUAGAUAAUGCUCUGAAAUAUCAGUUACGAUGUCUGGGGAAAAGAGUAGAGUUGCUCAGUUUACAUUACAAAAUAAUGUUUGCAUUUGCCUGACUGGCCAAAUUGGUAGAAAAAAAAACUCAAGUUCAACACUUUGAUGAGCAUCCUGCAUGCUUUUCCUCUAUUUUCUGGGUUGCCAGAGUGACAAGUCCUGCUCCAUCUGAUACAUGAUUGGUUGGCCAGUGACUUCAGAUAUUUUCAACUUUCAGCAGAUUUUUCAAAGUGUGUUCAAAGUGCCCAAACGAAUAGGUGAAACACUCUGAAAAAAGAUGCUGGGUGCAGCUAUUUUUCUUUAGGUGACCACAUGCUGCUACGCACCCUCCCUCCUCAUUUGGAAAAUAUGAAAAAUGACACUGGCGCUUAAAAAGCCAAUGUAGACAUGGACCCUAACAUGUAACUGGCCAGUGCAGAAGAAAGUUUGAAAACUCUAAAAUCACUCUUCAUUAUGACAAAUUGACAUUGGUUAAAUGUUUUUUCAGUUGCUACCGGGGUAUGUAGCCAUUACAACCACAGACACCACACCAAGUAAGUAUGAGAUAUAUAUGUAUAUAUAUAUAUACAUAUAUAUAUAUAUAUAAGAUAUAGGAGCUUUUAGUGGUUUAACUUCCCUAAAUUAUACACCUCUACAACAACAAUAAACAUAUAAAUUAGUGUUAAUGGCUUGGGAGCAACAUGUGCGAUUUUCUGGUCUGAGCCACUAAACAAUGUUUCCGAUAUUAGUUAACUAAGCAUUUCCUCAAUUUGAAGCUACAUCCAGCUCUGUUCAGUUAAAAGAGUGUCAGUCAAACCUCAAAUGGUUGAAAAAGCUGUGGAGAAUAUGAUGGAAAUAUGGCAUUUCUGUUUGUUUCUUUCUUUCACUUAUUAGUUUGAGGAAGGUUACAGUCUCCUCAAUGCUCUGAUGUUUUUCCUCCCACGUUUUUUUUUUUGUGUGCAAAUUGAAAAUAUGCAUAAAAAUACUUAAAUGGAACACAGACCGUAUAAUGCAGAGGGGACGGAGCCACUGUGACAUCACCUAUUGGUUUGUGGGCCAUGGUUUUGAGGCCUCAAGUUUGUCACUAUGGCUGUCACCAUCUUGGUGUUUUUUUUGGGGGGGGGGGGUUUUGGAGCUAGGAGUGACCACACUUGGACAAGUUGCCGAAGCUGGGGAGGAUACACAUUGCCAUACCUCUACCCUGUCUGCUUCUGACUGAGAACCCAAAGAUACACCAGCAUCUUGUCAGUCACAAGGCAGCUCUGCACUAAAGCAUACCCUUUAUGGUCUAUUUUAAGAUAAUAUAAGACACAACACAGGGCAAGACACAACAAUAAAUAGAUAAAUAAAUAAUAAACAACAGUGAAUGUAAAAGAGGACCAACAGCUGGCUGGUAAACAGCAGACAGGAUGUUGAUGUUGCACAUGUUGCAAAGGUAGAAAUGUUGCUCUGAGUGACGUGUUUAUUGUAUUGAAGUGUGAAGUGAGUGUGGACUACAGCAGCAGGAAGGAAGGACCUGCAGUAUUUCUCCUUCACACACCACCGGUGAAGCAGUCUGUUGCUGAAUGAACUGCUCAGUGCUGUCAGAGUGUCCUGCAUGGGGUGUGCCUUGUUGUCCAUCAGGGGUGAUAGCUUUGUUAUUAUUCUUCUUCUACCCUCCAACUCCACUGGGUGGAGAGAGCACUCCAGGACAGAGCUAGCCUUCCUAAGCAGCCUAUCAGCCUCUUCCUAUCAUCGGUCGAAAUGCCGCUGCCCCAGCAGAACCACUCCUAAGAAGACAGCUGAUGACACCACAGAAUCAUAAAAGGCCCUCAGGAGGGCAUCCAUGCACUCCGAAAGACCUGAGUCUCCUCAUCAAAUACAGUCUGCCCUGUCCUUUCUUAUAGAGUGUAUCUGUAUUGUCAGACAGAGAAUACAGGUGUUCAGGUGAACACCCAUGUACUUCUGUAUGAUUUCACCAUCUCAGUAAUGGAACCCUGGAUAUUCACUGGUGCAGGAGGAGGGUAUUUGCAGUUGCGAAAGUCCAACGCCAGCUCUUUGGUUUUCCCAGUGUCGCUCUGCUGGCUCCAGUUCACAAAGCCCUGGAUCAAUUGCUGAAUCGUCAGAGAGCUUUGGCAGGUGACAGCUGAACUCUAUGAGCUGUUCCAUGUGAAGCCCCGUAUUACAGGCAAUCAUGCCAGACCAUUCAUAAGACAGGGUGGAAGCAGGACAGUAUACAGGAGAGGCAGCGGAUGGGGGUUUUAGCAGGGAAGACAGGACAGAAGAGGGGAUCAAAUGAUGAUCAAACCUGUAAAAGAAAAGAUUCAGGUUACUUGCCUACUUCAGGUCCACUGCAGACUGAGGUUUCAUUGUAGCCAGAGGUUGUUUUAUACUCCCGUACCACUGUUCCUCUGCAGCUGUUCCUCCUGAAUGCCCUAUUUUUUUUUUCCUUGGGGAGAGCCUUGAAGUCAGGAAUAAUCCAGGCUUUGUUAGAAAAACAAGGUACAGUUCUGAUAAUAUAGUCAUUCAUGCAGUGUCCUCCUUAUGGUCAUCAAAAAGAAUUUCCCCCGUAGUUGUGUCAUAACAGUCCCUUAAAACAUCUUCAGCCUCGUCAGACCUUCUCUUCACUGUGCGAGUGACCGCUGGUUGCGUUUUUACUGAAGGAAUGUAUACAGGCAGGAGAGGCACCAGGUUGUGGUCAGAUCACCCCAAGGGAAGGAGAUGUACUGAGUUAUAUGCCUCCUUGAUCAUGGCAUAAAUAAGUUCAGUUCUUUAUUAUUUCUGUUGUGCUUUUACUCUGAAUGGGAGCAUAGCUUACAAAGUGAUUAUAAGACUUAAAACUAGCAAAUGACACCAUAAACUCAAUAGGAAAACUGUUCAACAAGGUAAUAAAUCAAGUGAAAAGUUGGGUUGUUUGCUCUUCAGAUUACAUACAAUCAGAUUUGUUUUUGAAACCAGUGGUGCUUCUGCAAACAGGUGACAGGAUUUCAGGCCUAGUAAAUUCUGUGGUAUCAGAUCCAUGCACAGAUUUGUGUACUUCCUGAUACCCGAUGCAGCAUUUUAGGCUGUAUGGGAGGUAUUUCUUAUACUGGUAUCAGUCUCAGAGCAACCCUACAGUUUACCUGGUAGAAACUCUGUGUUAUCUAACCAGAAAGGACAGAACAUUUCUAUCCAUGUCAGUGUUUCAAUACAGUGAGAGAAAGCUGACACAUACAAGUGCAUCUACUUUAUCUACUCAGUGGACUUUUCUAGACAAACUUUUAAUGUGCUAAAGACAUUUUUAGAGUGCUUGUUUGAGCCGACAGUUUUGCUCAUGGCUAGUCACGUCUUUAGCAUCUGAUUGCAAACCGUGGUAAAACAAUGAAUGUGAACUGGUACCAGUAGCCCAGGGGCAGUUAAGUAUUUGAACAAAAAUUCCCUUUUGUGUCUGUGCCCUCAUCAUUUGACUUCGAAACAAUACAUAGGUGUGACAUAGAACACCUUGAAUUUGUGAAAUAUUGCUGUCCAAAUACUUAAAAAGCUCCGGGUGAAGAAUAACUGCGACUUGUGAUGUAAGCUGUAUGUAAGAGGACUCUAGUUUCAUGGUGGUGUAGCGCAGCAGUAUGGGCAAAAUUAGACUUAAAAAUUGGACCUAAUUCAAAACACGAGUUGUGUGGGUUGUCUCAGCUACUUACAUUAUCAGUCUCAUCACAGUUUAACAGAUGUUUAACAGUCAUAUAUCAGCUUACCAUUGAUAACUGAGGACACAGAGAGUAACUGAUAUUUCCCAGUGUUGUAAUUACAGCACUAUCUUAUUUUGAAAUAAACACUGCCAACUUAAGGCUUGCCUACAACCAUAUCACCCGGUCUUCAGCAGAUGCAGCUUGCUCGGUUGUCAUAGAGAUGGAUGCGUUGGCAUCUAAUCUCAGUAGCUGUUGAGAUUUCAUCUCUAGCACUUAGAGUUUCUUGUACAUGCUGGAUUACAUGGUGAAGGUCCCCUGUGGAGUUUCUUCUAAACAAGUUAAGUUUACAUUCAGUGUUACUAAGCAUAUUGUGUGUAUCCUUGAGUGUAGAGUGUAUUCUUCUCCCCUUUUGUUAUUUUUCCUCUCCUACUUUGUCCUUGCUUUCUUUGCUUUCUCCUGCUUCAGGCCACCCACAGACCCAUAGGAGGUUGUUGGCCCAAAGCAGAUCAGAGCCCCACUAGAACAACAUUCAUCUUUACAGGAGGGUGGGAGCCCAUUUGCUUGGGUCUGUGGAGCAACUUUCAUCCUGAAAACCUAGCUCCUAUUGGGCGCUCUCACCAUGCUGCCCCAUAGUAUCCCCUGCAUUUACUGACACAUUGCAGCAAAUCUUGGUCUGUUGCAGCCACCUACUGAGCAGAAACUACUGUCAGAACUGUAUAUUGCAACACCCACAUAUGGACGAGUGUUCUUGGCAGUGGGGAUAAUAGUUUGAACAUAAUAAUCCAAAUCAAGUUCCAUGUGUUAGCUUUUACUGGAGUUUACGACCACAUCACAAGCCUGGCUCAGACUACAGGAGGUUUAGUAGUCAAAGCUGUAGAGAGUAGGUGGAACACCCACAUCAUGAUCAACACACCAGGAGGCAGUGUGGACCUAUGAAAACAGGAGAGUAAAUUCCAAGUGAACACACGCUGCUGCUGCUGUAUAUACCUUUGCCAUACCUGUUUUCUGCCAUGAAACUAGGGGCCAGUGUAUUCUGUGAGCAUCGCGGCACACUGGGAGACAGAUGAUUAGUCAUCGCAAAUAUAUCAAUAUAUCUCAUUUUCUGACUUGUAAUAUAUUUUAUAAGCUUAAAACAUGUUGAAUUAUUUUCAAUUAUUUUAUUUCUUGUUCCCUGCACUGGAGCUUCAGCCAAAACCUGAAUCGGCAAGUGUCAGAAUACAGAAUCAACCGAAAUUUUGAGAGAAAAGAGGGAAAACAGUGAUGGAGUGUGUAUGUGCAUGAUUUUUAUCAUAUUUAGGUAAAACAUAUGAAGUCCACAGAAAUGUGUUAUAGCAGUUUUCUUGGUUCAGUUAAGAAGAUGCAUGUCAGGGGAGUGGUAUACACUCCCAAAGACUGUGAAUGGCAUUAUUUUCAUUGAAAGAAAAGUAUGUAUGAUCUAUAUUAUUAUACUAAUGAAUGCCUAAUUCCCUGAAGAGUUUUUGGUGUCCUCUCUUGCAAGCAUACUUGAAAUGAUAAAUGGUUGUUGCCGCUGGGGCCUUGCAAGCAUGACAUACUAUAUUUGUAAAGCAUGAGUGCAUGUUUCUAAGCCUUUUGUCAAAGUGUAGCCAGCUAGUUUCAGUGUGUGAGGACUGUAUUGCCUUUCUUCUAUGAGCUAUUUUCCAUCCAAAAGACAGAGCGGUUGUAGUGUUUGAUAACAUAUGUCACUAAAAGAUCUUUCUAGUUUUGAUAAAUAGUCUAUAUCAGUUGAAUGUGUAGUGCACUUUACAUUGGAAUUAAAUCGGUAACAUAACACUG